AUGACAGACAUCCAGGUUGUACUGGAGAUGAUGAAGUUUGCCUGGGACAACUACAAGAGCUUUGCCUGGGGCAAGAACGAGCUACGGCCCCUGACCAGGAAUGGCCACAUUGGGAACAUGUUCGGUGGUCUGAGGGGAGCCUCCAUCGUGGAUUCUCUGGACACGCUGUAUAUAAUGGGAUUAAUGGACGAAUACAAUGAAGCAAAGGAGUGGGUGGAGACCAGCCUGGACCUGAACUCAAACGGCGAGGCUUCUCUCUUCGAGGUGAACAUCCGUUACGUCGGUGGGCUGCUCUCUGCGUAUUACCUGACGGGAGAGGAGAUGUUCAAGAGGAAAGUGAUGGUGCUUGGGGAGAAGCUGCUACCGGCCUUCAACACACCAACGGGUAUCCCACGUGGAGUCAUCAACCUGGGCAGUGGCACCAGCUGGAGCUGGGGCUGGGCGUCAGCCGGGAGCAGUAUCCUGGCAGAGUUUGGAACCCUACACCUGGAGUUUGUCCACCUAUCAGAGCUCUCCAACAAUGGCAUCUACACAGAGAAGGUUAUGAAUAUCCGAAAGCUGUUGAACAAAAUCGAGAAGCCUCACGGUCUCUAUCCCAACUUCUUGAGUCCUGUCAGUGGAAACUGGGUCCAACAUCACGUUUCCAUUGGCGGCCUGGGGGAUAGCUUCUACGAGUAUCUGAUCAAAUCAUAUCUGAUGUCAGACAAGACCGAUGAGGAAGCUAAGAAGAUGUACUACAGUGCUCUGGAGGCUAUCGAGGCUAACCUGGUACAGAAGUCCCCUGGUGGGCUGACCUACAUGGCGGAGUGGAGGGGGGGCAUCCUGGACCACAAGAUGGGCCACCUGGCCUGCUUCUCCGGGGGCAUGGUGGUGAUCGGAGCAGACGACGGAGCUCCAGAGAAGAGACAGCACUACCUAGACCUGGCUGCAGAGAUCACACACACCUGCCAUGAGAGCUAUAGUAGAUCUGCUACAAAACUAGGGCCUGAGGCAUUCCGAUUCGACAGUGGGGCGGAAGCCACGGCAACCAGACUGAGUGACAGAUACUACAUCCUGCGGCCGGAGGUCAUCGAGAGCUACAUGUACAUGUGGAGGCUGACCCAUGACCCCAAGUACCGGGAGUGGGGCUGGGAGGCAGUGGAGGCUCUGGAGCAACACUGCAGAGUCGAAGCUGGUUUCUCUGGGAUCCGAGACGUGUACGCCCAGACAGUCAGCCACGAUAACAUGCAACAAAGCUUUUUCCUCUCCGAGACACUCAAGUAUCUGUACCUGCUCUUCUCUGACGAUGACCUGCUGCCUCUGGAGGACUGGGUGUUCAACACGGAAGCUCACCCCCUGCCCGUCGUCCGCAAGAGCUGCCAACAGGGGGAGGGAGGGAUACACGACAAGACAUCCUCGGAGUAGCAACCUAUUGUACAACUACUGUACAGCUCACCUGGAUACAGACACAGAGUAACACAUAUUCAUACAUCACAUGCAUACAAACACACACAGACACACACAUGACAACAUUACACACAGGUAACAACACAACAACAAAAUGCAGGGCCAAGGUCCCUUGGGCCCUGUCACAGACUCUCAAUUCCUUUCCAGUAAAGGAUCUUGUCGUAUACGCUGUGAUUGUAUAUCCUUGAGCCGGGCCGGGACUACUUCCUGCCGGCAUUACUUUCUGUGGACAAUCAAGACGAACGUGAUUUUCAUGAAAAGAGCACCUUUUUUCUUUCCUUCUUUCCUCUGUGAGGAAACCAAGAGUAUCUUGCAGACCCAAAUGUAAUGGGAGGAGUGCUGUAUUAUGGGCCAUAUUGUGAGAGAGAGAGAGAAAACCACUGAGCUUUUGCUUUGAUUCCAUUUUUCACCGCAGUCGAUUAAUGAUUUCACUUGAUCUUGUCAUUGCUUUUUUUUCUGGCUUUUUUCUUUGUCUCUUUGACCAAAGUUGUUUGUUUGUUUUUUUGUUCACCCCCUCAUAAUUCCCUUAACAUAUUAUGUUUGUGGUGAGAUUUGACCAAUAGUAAGAUGACAGACUAAUAUGGAGGGUGGAAUGGUGUUGAAUAUUAAAUGUAUAUACAAUUAUGAAAUGUAAUACUCAAAAUCCACCUUGAAAAGUAUUGUUUAUUCAGAGUUUCUUAGCAGAAACAGGUUAAAUGAAUAAUAACAGGCAUGGGAAAAAUUUAAAACUGAAGAGGUUGUUGGAGAGACCAUUUUUAUAAAUUGUUUGUCUUAAUAAUUUGUUUUGAGCACAAUACUGGUGAAAUAUUUUCAUCAGGGCCAGUCUGUGUUGAAUCCUCCUCACCGCCUUUCAGAGCGUAACUUCACAUUGUGUGAGUCCUGUGACUUUAACACAAGUGUCAGUCCUGUUAUUGUAACACAAGUGUCAGUCCUGUGACUGUAACACUGUAACACAAGUGUAAGUCCUGUUACUGUAGCACUGUAGAACGAGUGUCAGUCCUGUGACUGUAAUACUAUAGAACGAGUGUCAGUCCUGUGACCAACACCGUAACACAAGUGUCAGUCCUGUUAUUGUAACACAAGUGUCAGUCCUGUGACUGGAACACUGUAACACAAGUCUCAGUCCUGUUACUGUGACACUGUAACACAAGUGUCAGUCCUGUGACUGUAACACAAGCACUCACAACCACCCCAGAGGCAAGAUCACCACAGCUAGUCCCAGUCGCCUAGUAUGACUGGGCUCAAAUAUGCUUGCCAAAGUUAACAGCCGUCAUGGAGAGCUCCAGCUCUCUCAAAUCCAGAGUGGGGAAAGUUAGGCUUGAGGCUAAGGGUUUCCUAAAAUGUACACCGUAGAGGGGAAUGUGAAGGGAGCUUUCCUAUUUCAUCCUUAUUCGUAUCAUCACUGCUGUCCAAUACAGUUGUGGAGAGAAUGUGCUGUACAUACCUGGAUGAAUGUGAGUGCCCCUGUAUUAGCUUAUCUUCAGUUUCUUUUGUGAUUUAUUUUACUUAAUUACAUAAUUAUUUUCAUUUAUUUUUAAUUUGCUUCCCUCAGGUGUUUCUGUAAAAGAGGAAAAACUUUGAUUUUUAAUUAUAGUUCUGGUUGAUAUUAAUUAUUGUUAUUACUUAUCUUUCAGUGUUGAAUAUUUUCAAAUACUGAUAAAAGACCUGUGCAACUUUGUACAUUUAAAGCAA